AUGAGGGAAGCCUAUGACUACUUUUACUUAAGUGAUGGGUCGGAACCAAUAUUUACGAUCCCAAAGUCGGAAGAAUCAGAUUCUCGAAUAAGAGGAAUUAAGAGAACUGUUGGCCAGAUUUGGUCAUUUUACAGUGGUAACGAUGAAUUGCCUCUGUACUAUGGUAGGAUUCAGAAGAUCACUUAUACUCAGGCACUUGAGCAGGAUCCUGUAAUUAAACUACACGUAGGUAGGCUAAAGGCUACUAGGUGCCCUAAGGAUGUUAUCGAAUGGGUGGACAAGCAAAUGCCUGUUGGUUGUGGAACAUUCUACGCAAGGAAAGUACUCGAAAUAAUCAGCCCAAGUGAGGUUUCACAUCAGAUAAUUCCUCGAACCUCCAUGGAUGGCACUGAGUAUACCAUUCUCCCCAAGAUUGGUGAAGUUUGGGUGAUAUACAGAUACUGGAGUAGUCACACUGAUGUUGAAGACUUGGAAUUUGGUCUUUAUGACAUGGUUGAAAUUCUUGAUGACGCUUUGGAUUAUAAGGUCCAACUGCUGAAGUAUGAAUCCGUUCAUGAUGUUGAUGAUUUUGAAUGUGAGAAUAUGUUGUUUAAGGCAUGUACGGAGUAUACUUAUAACGAGGCGGAUGGGUCGGAGCCAAUAUUUACGAUCCCCAAGUCGGAAAGAAUCAGAUUCUCGAAUAAGGUUCCUGCUUCGCGUGUAACAAAAGAGAUGCAUGGAGAGUUGAAAGAGUUCUUAAGUGUUGAUCAUAGGGCAACACCUUUUAACGUUGUAAACUGUUGA